CUGCUGCCGUUUUUAAGACAGUUAUUCCAUUGUUGAAUUCAUUUUUUUGCUAUUUGGAUAAAUUGUUAGAAUUUCUUAGUUUGUAUCAAUAGUUUAGUAAAAGUUCUUUAUAUUUCAGUGCUAAUACAAAAUUCUUAUUACGAAAUGGGCAAACCGUCGUCGUCAUCACUAGCAAGAAAAUCUGUAUCCAAAAGUAAAUCCAAAAUGAAUAUAAUGUUACCAAAAAUGAAAGCUUCAAACAGAAAAAUCAAGCGAAGAAGAAAUAAAACCAUAAAGAAUAUAUUUAUGCAAUUAAGAAGCGAGAGUGAUGCCUCAGAGAAUAUUUCACAAAAUAUCUCGAUUAUCUCCCUUGAUAACUCAUUGCAUAAUAGUACAGAGACUUUAAAUGAUAGGCCAUCUAAAAGAACCCUGAGUCCAUCACCAGGCAACAGGAGAAAGAGACAGAAAUCCGACAGUGUUAUAAUAUUAAAUGAUGAAGACCUAAUAAUCAAUGAAGGUCUAUGUCCACAGACACCUAAAAAACCAUCAACCAUCCAAUGCUCCACACCUAUAAUAAACAAAGACAGUAAAACCUUAUCCGAACUCAUAGUGAACACAUUUCCUAAAAACAAUUCUUCCACAAUAAUAAAUUUAAACAAAGACAUUAAUUUAACCAAACAGAUUAACAGGGAUUCAUAUUUAACAAUAGAUUUAACUGAUGGUAAUGAAGCAUCUGGAAGUGUAAAUAAAACAGCAUCCACUAAUGACACCAAAGAAUCUGAGAAUACUGUUAUUGAUUUAGUUAACACAACAGAUUUACCGGAUUGUUCUAUUAUAUCUGUGACUAAACCAGAUGUGUCAGAACAUAGUUUGAGCGGAGAAUCAGAUGUUACAGUCUUAAGAAAACCGCAGCAAUCAAGCACAAAGCAAAUGCGUAAAAUCGCGAAUGGUAUCGCUCAGUUAGACUCAAUGGAGAAAGGCAAGCUGCUAGAGUUUAUUACGGAGAAAAUAUUUAAUGGUUGCAACAUGCCAAAACAUGUGAAAAAAAGUUUAACAAGUAUAAAGGACUCAAUCACUACAAACAGUGAUGAAAAUGAUCGGAUAAAGAAAAUUUUGUUGGGUCAGUCACCAUCAAGAAAUAGUGUGGGAAGUAACAUAUACCAUCCCGACAGAGGCAAUAAUAAUAAGUCUGGGCUGCGAAUGAUUGUCAUAGAUGGUAGCAAUGUGGCUAUGGAGCACGGGAAAGGAAAAGUGUUUUCUGUAGCUGGCUUGAAGAUAUGUAUAGAUUAUUUUUUAAAGCGUGGACAUAGAGUUAAGGCGUUUGUGCCCAGAUUCAGGUGUAAGUACGGUAAGAGUACGGACCCGAGACUCCUGGACCACCUCGAGAGGCAGGGGAUGGUCGUGUACACCCCCUCCAGGGAAAUAAAGGGGAAAACUAUCACGCCUUACGAUGACAGAUACAUAAUUCAAUGUGCAGCCGAGUUUGACGGUGUUAUAGUAACCGGAGACAACUACAGAGACUUGGCAGACGAAAAUUCAAAAUGGCGAUUUGUUAUAGAAAAUAGACUGUUGCCUUUCACUUGGGUGGACGAUAUGAUAAUGUUCCCUAAAGAUCCCCUGGGGAGGAAUGGACCGACCCUGCAAAAGUUUUUGAGCCAUUGAAAUUGUGAUAAAACUUUAUUUAUAAAGAGUAUUCAGAGUAUAGCGUGCUGGAUAAUAUCGUCUUAAACUGUCAAAAUGUAUGGAUAGCGAUAUAAUAUUAUCUACGAGUGCUUAUGGUUUUAAUUUGUUUAUAUUAUAAUUUAGUGUGAAGUGCAUCUCAUGUGGCGAGUAAAGAUAUUUGCAAGUUGCGGUCGAAAAACAGAUUUACGGUGUUUUAUUAACCAUAAAUUUUAUGAUUUUUUAAACUCGUUUAAUACAAUAUUUCGUGAUUUUUUAAUUUGUAAUAUACAUUAUGUGUAAAAUUUUAUUUGGGAGUGGAUCAAUGUGUUGCGCGUAACCUGCGGACAUUUUUCGUCAUUGCCAGUAUGUCAUUUUAACAUAGAAAAUAAGAUUCCAUAGGCACAUAAUUUAUUUAUUUAAAACGUAAAUGAAAAACCAUAUUCAAGUUUGUUAUGAAACAAACAGAAAAUUAAAUUUUCUGAAUUUCAUUUAUAGUAUUCUAAGUUUGUAAAUUUCAUUUUAUGUUUUAUAAUAAAAUGCGCUACCUCAAAAGAGUGAAUUGUGGCCAAAUUUUAUGUUAUUUAUUUGAUAUUAAUAUCGGUAAAUUAAUUCAAUCGAAAUUUAGGGUCACAUCUGGUUUUCAGCAUUCAUUAAUAAAUAAAGAUUGAAAAAAUAAAAGUUUAAAAUUGGCUAUAAAGAAUUAUUAACAGAAAUAUCGUAUAUUUAUAGAUUUCAAGUAAUAUAUGGAUAUUGAAAUGUUUUAUUUAAACCAUAAAAUAUCAAUAUUCAAAACAUCUUGAUACUUGAUGCGCGUGAAUAUAAUUAUUUACUCGGUAAAGUAUCGUGUUUAAAUUAGACAAUAGUUUAAUUAAAUUAUAGUUUCCGAGUUGGUAGAAUUGAUAUAUUCAUAUUUUUUAUUUGCCAAGACUGCUUCGGUGGCAUUAUACAACUGUAUUGUACGCUGUGACUACCGCUCUGAUAUCUCGCCUAUCAUUUUACAGGGUGGACCACAAAAAUGUGUGCCCUGGUUGCACCUCUACCUUUGGGGAUAGAGGCUGUGUGUUUUUUUUUUCUAAAUCUCAUGUGUGUCUGUUGUAAACCAAGAUCCUAAGUUUCAUUUCUGUAAUCCCAUAGUAUUUCACAGCGCCCGACAGAACGUUCUAUUUACAGAGAAAUAUUUGCGCAUACGCAUCCGUAAAUAUUUACAAGAUCUGAAUGGUGUUGAACGGCUUUUGUUGUACUUGAUACGGCGCAAUACUUUUGUAGCUUAUGUACAAUCAGGACUAUAGUAAUGCAGUGUUUUUAAUUCUUUUGUUUUUUUUUUACAUAGUACACAUAAACCUCAAUAACACGGUCAUUUCUAUAAUUUUAAUUAAGAUUAUGAUUUUUUUCCUGUUCUUUUUUCGUUAGCGUUGAACUUUGUUGCAAUAACAUGCGCUCAAUACACAUACAUCAUUGUAAGUCGGUAUUUAUAAAAUAAAGAUCGAUGUUUAAUAUA